ACUGUACCUCGAAACUCACUCUCUCAUUCACUCUCCUUUCAGUCAAAAAAGUGCUCAAAAACCCUAUUCUCCUCUCUCUAUCUUAAUUAUCCCCAGAAAAAUCUGCUUCUUGCCAGAUCCACGCUCUUAGGUGCGGGACUGCGGGGCUCAAUUCCAUGCGAAACCUUUGAUCCGAUUAGUUUCAAUGGACAACAGUUCUGGGGAUGACACUGAUAUAAGUGAUUCUGAGAUAGAGGAAUAUGAGGAGAAGUCGUACAAAAAAUUGAAAACUGGAAACCUCUCUGUUAGGGUAUCAGAUGAAGCCUACACUUGCCCGUAUUGUCCAAAGAAAAGGAAGCGGGAUUUCAUGUACAAUGAGCUCUUGCAACAUGCAAGUGGAGUGGGCAGUUGUAACUCGAAUAAGCGAACUGCAAAGGACAAGGCAAAUCAUCUUGGAUUGGCAAAGUACUUGCAAGAUGACACUGCAGCUGCUGGCCCAUCAAAGGCUGAGGUUGAAGCAGAUCCUUUAGCAGAUUGUGACCAUGAUGAGAUGUUUGUUUGGCCAUGGAUUGGAAUUGUUGUGAACCUUCCAACUCAACUUAAGGAAGGACGUUAUGUGGGGGAGAGUGGUUCUAAGUUGAGGGAUCAAUACAUAAGGAGAGGUUUCAAUCCAACAAGAGUGCGUCCCCUAUGGAACUACCAAGGUCAUUCAGGAACUGCACUUGUUGAGUUUAACAAAGAUUGGGCUGGGUUCAGCAAUGCUAUGUCGUUUGAGAACGCUUAUAAGGGUGAGCAUCAUGGCAAGAAGGACUGGAAAGCCAGUAAUGGGAAAAAGUCUGAUCUUUUUGCAUGGGUGGCUCGGGCAGAUGACUAUCAUGCAACUACCAUAAUUGGUGAAAAUCUACGGAAAAUUGGAGACCUUCGAACCAUUUCUGAUUUAAUGGAGGAAGAAGCUCGGAAGGCAAGUAAGCUUGUGUCCAAUUUGACAAAUGUUAUUGAAGAGAAAAAUCUGCACUUGAUAGAGAUGGAGAACAAAUGUGAGGAGACAUCUGCGUCUUUGAGCAUAUUGAUUGCGGAAAAGGAUAAACUUCUUCAAUCCUAUAAUGAAGAGAUAAAAAAGAUCCAGUCAAAUGCACGUGAUCAUUUGCAGAGGAUAUUUAAUGAUCAUGAGAAGCUUAAGUUGCAACUGGAAAAUCAGAAGCAACAGCUUGAGGUCCGGGGUCAAGAGUUGGAGAAACGUGAGGCCCGAAAUGAAAGUGAAAGGAAGAAACUCUCUGACGAGCUUGAAGAGAAUGCUGUAAAAAACAGUUCACUUUCUGCUGCGGCUGAAGAGCAGAGAAAGGCUGAUGAAAAAAUGAUGAAAUUAGCAGAAGAACAGAAGAGGAAUAAGGAAGACCUUCACAAAAGAAUAAUUAGGCUGGAGAAACAACUAGAUGCAAAACAAGCAGCAGAACUGGAAAUUGAGCAACUGAGAGGGGCAUUAAAUGUGAUGAAGCAUAUGGGAGGAGAUGAAGAUAAUCAAGAAAUUCUUAAUAAAGUGGAUGGACUGCUCAAGAAUCUAAGAGAAAAGGAAGGAGAGCUUGAAGAUUUAGAAGCACUAAACCAAACACUAAUUGUUAAGGAACGAAAGAGUAACGAUGAAUUACAGGAAGCUCGCAAAGAAUUGGUUAAUGGCUUGAAAGAAUUACCAAGAAGCGGUCCUAUUGGUGUGAAGCGGAUGGGAGAGCUUGACAGCAAACCAUUCCAAGAAGCAAUGAGUAAGAAGUAUGGUGAGAUGGAUGCCGAUGAUAGGGCUUCUGAACUGUGUUCAUUGUGGGAAGAGUACCUUAGAGAUCCAGGAUGGCAUCCUAUCAAAGUGGUAACUGUUGAUGGUAAACCCAAGUAUGUAAUAGAUGAUGAAGAUGAAAAACUGAAUGACCUGAAGAAAAAUUAUGGCGAGGAAGUGUGCAAGGCUGUCACAGACGCUUUGUUUGAGGUAAAUGAAUACAACCCAAGCGGAAGGUACAUCACUUCAGAACUGUGGAACUAUGCACAAGGCAGGAAAGCGGAAAUGAAGGAGGGUGUUGAGGUACUGCUAACACUCUGGAAAAAGAAGAGAGCAGCUGAGGGGUAUUGAACCAGCAUGAGUAUCUCACACCUGUAUGGCUAUGAUUAAAUAUUCAGAAGAACUAGAUCUAAUGCAAUUAACCAUCUUCCAUGGAUUGUUGGAUGAAUAAGAUUUGCUUUGUAGAACUGACGGAUCUUUGUCCGGUUGUUGAAAACUCUUGUAAUUAACCAUCUUCCAUGGAUUGUUGUAUGAUGGAUUGUGUAAGGCAUGGAAGCAAGUCUAGAUUAAACUUGUUCCCCUA